AUGAACUGGUGGGUAAGCAGUUUGGAUUUGCAAGCCACUUCAAAAUAUAAUCUGGCGGCACGCUGGUUGCUUCGACAGACUGGCAUUGUACGUCAGCGUGGGGAAGAGUUCAAUCCCGAUGACCUCAAGCACAAACCAGCAGAGAUUUACGAAGAUCCUGUUUCUGGAGAAACCAUUGAGGUCACCCCACCAGAUUAUUUGUAUGGUUUGAACCGUUUGUUGGACGCCCUUGAAGGGAUCAAUGGACAAUCCUUGUUGGACAAGCGGGGCGAGUUGAGGAACCAGUUUUAUUUGGAGUUGAAGCGGACUCCAGGUGAGCGAGUUGCCGAGUUCUGUACUAGGUUCAGGACUCUCUCGGCCGACCUUGCUGCUGAAGGAGUUCAGAUCCAGGCCACGGAGUUGGGUUGGUUUCUUCGUCAGAAGCUUGGCCUGGACAGCUUGCGACAACAGUUGCUCGAGACUGCAUUAGCCGGUCGAGAGGAGUAUGGUGUUGUGGAGGCUGAAUGCCUUAGGCUGUUCAAGGAUCUUCACCAAAAUGACCCUCUUCGUCGCUUCGAUCGUACAGGUGAUCGUCCAAGGCUGACCAUUCGCAGGUUGUUUCAGUCCCAACAGUCGAAAACCCCUUCAUCUUCGGCAUCCACCAUCAGCAGAUCGCCUUCGAUGUUUUCGGCGGCGACUUCUAACCGAUCGUCUUCAGCCUCGAGCAAUCGCCGGGCCUACGUGACUGAGGUUGCGGACGGUGAGGAGGCACCGGCUGAGGAGGUCCUGGAGACCGUGAUGGAAGAACAUCCGCCCGAGAUGGGCGAACAGUCCCUCGAAGAGGUGAUUCAAUCGGAAGCAGAAUGCCUUGCGACCGAGUUGCAAGAGGCUGAGGAGCAAGGCAUAGACCCUUCGGUUUUGGAGGACAUGGAGCAGAGUUUUGAGCAGGCCGCCGAGGCCCUUGUGACCAUGAAGGAGGCGAAGUCACGCCUUCAGGAAGUGCGGAAAGAUCGCGGCUUUGGAAAGCCUGGAUCGGCCGGUGGUGGCCGCAACAACACUGGGGUGCCUGCUGCCCGAAAGGCAUCUGGAAAGCAUCCAUGCUUUGAUUGCAACCAGCAUGGACACUGGGCUGGAGACAAAGAAUGCCCCAAGCCUGGAGCUGGUUUAGGCCGAAAAGGCCCUGCUGUCGCUGCCGCCAAAGCAAAAGGUCGGCACGUGCGCUUGACGGAGGCUUUCCAAGCUGAACAUGUUGUUGAGCCCACUUCAUCACCACCUCCUUCGAGUACAUCCCCACUUCCAGAGUCCCAAGGUUCCAUGCAUGAGGUGAACAUGGUUUUGCAUAGCACCACCCCUUUGCCUUUGGACCGUGCUCUUGAGCAGUCAAUGGCGAGUGCAUUGAAUUCCACUUUGAUUUCAACCUCUGCACCGCAGGGGCUGGCUGAAGAAAAGCAUCUUGUGGGAGCCCUAGACAGCGCUUGCAACCGAAGCUGUGCGGGGCCUGUUUGGGUGGAGUCCUAUUUGAAACAGAUUGAGUUGGCACCUCCUUUCAUUCGUGACCUUUUGCAAAGUGUCAGUGAGUCAGAGCGAUUCAAAUUUGGGCAUGGAGGUUUGGCCAUCAGCCCAAAGCGUUGGUUGGAAUUGAAGCAGAUGGCAGCUGGUCACUUCAUGUUGGAGCUUUUGCCGGAAGAGUGGCCGAGCUCGCAUGGUCGUUGCACCUUCGUCGACUUCUUGACCUACCAGAUCGCCUACUUGCUGGACGACUUCGAGUACCUGAACAUGGAGACCUCACCUCCGACAUCGACCAAUCCGCAGAAGAUGCCAAAGUCCGGCCCCUUGGAGCCGUUGACGCCGUCGUUGGUGAAGGCCUUCAAGCAGGAGCAUCCUCGGGGCUUCGUGCCCUACCGGUGGAACCGCUUUGCACUGCGGUUGAUGAGCCGCAAUGCAUGGCAUGCCCAGAGCAUCCUCAUCCAGUUCGCUUCAAGAUCGCAUUUGCGCUUCUUGCCCUUUCCUUAUCCCUCUGUUGGUUCUGUGGAGCAAUGGUUGCUUCAGGCGCAGUCCAUGGUCAACAUGAAUACAUUGAACCGGCGUCAUCAUCACCUGGCCUUGGAAGCCGGGAGCUACACUGCCGAGAACCUGAUGGAGCUUGGACGUCUGAGGGAUCGUUGUGGCUGGAAGACUGCAUUCCUGGAGGAUGGAUUGCUCGCUGGCUUCAUCGCUGCCCGUGCUCAGAAGGGACAGCGCGACAGGUUGAGAGCCGCUGCGUUGGAAGAGACCAAGGCCCGGGUGGCCAAGGAGUCGGCGGAGAUGGACCGCGAGAUCAUGGCGCGGCAGCUUCUUGGACCUCGCGGUGGACUACCUUCCUUGCGCAGCGACUUGGUGAAGUUGGCGCUCUUGCUCAACUUAGACCCUGGGCCAAAGGAGACCGUGCCCCAGUUGCAGGCUCGGAUUCGUCCCUUGGUCGACCUCCUCAAGAACAAGGCACCGCCUUCGAAGAGCGAGCAACUUCGCGUGGAGCGAUUGGACCCUCUGGCAUCGAAGACACCCACGUCGUCUACAUGGUCAGCCGUGUCGGCAAUGUCAGCCCCGAAGGGAGCGAUGGAGCGCCAAGAGGAAGGGUGUCCUUUCUCCCUCGAGUUGCACAACAUGGAGCUUCGCGUCCAAGAGGCCAUGAAGGCUCAGGACAGUCGGUUUCAGGCAAUGUUGGGACAAGUGCUUCAAGCAGUCAGCCAAGGACCACAGUUGGCAGAGGACUUUAAGCUUCACGGCAAGUUCAAGAAGGGCAUCAGUCAAAUGAUUUCGCAAGCUUGGCAUCAACACCGACGUGACCAACUUGCUUUGUCCGUUGGUUCCAAGGAGAUCCAGGAUGUCUACAUGGCUACAUGGGAUGCUGAGAUGCGCGAGGCCAUGAACGAGACCUUCGCCGUUGAGUUUGACCUGACUUCCACCUUCUUGACUGAGGUCUACACGGACACGGAGCCUGUUGCUCAAGCGACACGUCGUCGCGGACUCAUCGCUGGUGAGAGCCUCACCUUGGGCACUGGUUGGGACUUCCAUCGACCAGAACAUCGACACGCCGCAUUGAAGUUGAUCAGACGGCUCAAGCCCUACGUGGUGGUCCUCGCCUUUCCUUGCAGUGCUUGGUCGCAGCUCUUGGCUUUGAACUCCUCCGUUGACUUGGAUAGGUUGAGAGCUGAGGCAUUGGAGCUUGUCGCCUUCGCCAUUGAGGUUGCCUUGCUACAACGUCGUGGAGGGCGGCAUUACUUGAUGGAGAACCCCAAGAGUUCGCUUGCUUGGAAGUUGGACAUCAUGGAGGAGUUUGUCGUCUCUACUGGCGCCUUGGAGGUGAUCGUGGACAUGUGCAGGUUUGGCUUGAGAGGACCGGAUGGUGAUCUUCACAAGAAGUCCACGAAGUUGUUGACCUCUAUGCAGGCCCUGGUUUCCUUCUUCCUGGACAAGCGUUGCUUGGGUGGCCAUAGGCACACUCCUGUGAUUGGUGGCAAGAAAGUGACCGCCGCAGCUGGACAUUACACCAAAGCCUUUGCCGAGGCAGUUGUUGAAGCCUGCUUGCAGCAGUUUGACUUUGAGCGCAACCUCUUCAUCAAGGACGACAUCUAUGAGUCUGAGGUCAUGACCAUCGAGCACGAUGUCCUGGCCACUGGUGAUGAGGAGGAAGUCGAAUCUGAUGCCUCCUUUGAGACUUCCAAGGAGGAUGAGGACAAGCCCAUUUCAGCAGCUGUGAAGAAUGCUGUUUACCGGCUUCAUGUGAACACCAGUCACCGGAGCAAUCAGCGCCUGGCAAGAGCCUUGUUGAUCUGUGGAGCACCCAAAGAAGCAGUCUUGGCGGCAAAGCGCUUGAAGUGCGCUGUUUGCGCUGAAAGGCGCAACCCUAAGCCACGACCUGUUGCUGCACUACCACCUCCUCGCGACGUUGGCCAACAAGUCCACUUGGACCUCGUCAUCCUUGAAGAUUCCUUGAGGAAUCCCUAUGUGGUGGCGCACGCAACUGACAAUGUGUCUCGCUACCAGGCAGCAAAGGUCUUGAAGGACAAGGCCACCUCCUCGGUCAUUCAUUUUUUGACUGUUCAUUGGAUUCCACUACUUGGGAGGCCUCACACCAUUGUUGCUGAUCAAGGCCGAGAGUUUGUGUCGGCUGAAUUUGGAGACUGGUGUGACGCCAAUAGCAUCUACCUCUACCACAUUGGAGUUGGUGCACCUUGGCAAAACGGCAUCUGUGAAAGAUCAGGUGCAACGCUAAAGGCAUUGGUUGGAGCAGCAGUUCAAUCGCACGCCAUUAGCUCGUUUGAGGAGAUGGAGAUGACCCUUGGUGAAGCUGUGGCGGCAUAUAAUGCCGAUUUGAAUGAAGAAGGUGUUGCUCCGAUUCAGCUGGUCACCGGCAAGAUUCCAUCGCCCGGUGGCGAUGUGCUGAACAACUUCAAUGCUCGACUCAGUGAACACUCUCUCAUCGAAGCCAAACCCACCUUGAGCAAAUUGCUUGCGAUAAGGGAGACAGCUCGUUUGUCUAUGAUUAGGUUGCGCUACAGCCGCGGACUUCGUCAAGCUGAGUUGGCCAGAUCUAGAUCGACUACAGCCGAGGAUGCACCGCAGCCUGGAGAUCUGGUUUUCUUUUGGCGAGCUCAGAAGUACCAGUCCCGCAAGGACAUUGGCGCUGGCACCCGCCGUCGCUUGAUGCUUCGUCGUUGGCAUGGCCCUGGACUCUUGGUGGCUACCGAGGGCAGGCAUGGGACAGAGCUUGCUGCAAACUGUUUCAUUUCCUUUCGAGGCCAGCUGACAAAAUGCCCGUUGGAGCAUGUGAGAAAGGCUUCAUCACUCGAGAGCAUCGCUGCUGGUUCUUGGGAGGCAGCCAUCGAUGAGGUGAUCAACGCAGCUCGACAAGAAGCUCAAGACCGACCUCCAGACGAACUUGAACCUGAUGGACCGACUCAGGCAGAGCCUGAACUUUAUGCAGGACAACUCCAGCCAUCUGAAAUUGUGGCAGCAUUGCAACCGCCGAGCUCAGCAGCACCCUCGCUUGUUGGCAGGACGGCCCCGCCUUCAUUGCUUGAGACCGCUGCUGGUGGCAGCGAGCCGCCGGGAACGGCAGCUCCUGGGACACCGGUCCCGAGCUUGAUCCUGGGCGCUUCUCAAGCGAGAUCGUCGAGUCCUUUGGCAAGUUCGACUAUGCAACGCACUAUGGAGCGUGCUCGAGCCUUGGACAGUAAGGCAGUUGAAAGAGGGACAAAACGACCAGCAGAUGGUCCACCACCUGGUGCAGAAGAGGUCUUCUCCGACGUCGCUCGUCCAUCGUUCGAAGCAUUGGAACUCACCCAUGCGGAGCUUGAACGCAUUGCCGACAACCUGGACCUUGGAGCUCAACUUCCUUCCGGCGGCGCCCACUCCCAUGAGAUCAAUGCCUUGCAAACUGCUCGGAAAGAGUACUGUUGGAGCAAGAUGUCUGAGCACCAACGGCAACUUUGGGGAGAUGCAGCCUUCCAGAAGCAAGUGCACAAGGCUAAGGCAGCCAAGCCUUCGAAGAGCACCACAGCAUGCGCUGAGCUCCCCGGAGUACGGUUGUGUGGCGAUGACCCUAUGUUGCCGCACCUUCUGAGCCUUGGUGAAAAGAGAGGAUGGCACCAUCAAAGCGGGAUGGGCAUUCAAGUGGCCUAUAAUGGCAAGUCCAUGCGGACGCCAGAGCCGAGAUUCAGUACAGCAGAUUUUCCACUUAGGUCAACGUUUGCCAGAUUCUCGACAGGAGACCAGCACUUCUGGCAUAGGUUGGAAGCUGGAGUGGAGAUUUCAAGCCUCCAGAAUCAGCAUGCGCUGAUCGAUGCCUUAAGCCAUGCUACGCCCUUGACGGAAAACUGGUGUCGCACCUUGCGGGAGCUGGCGGCCAAUGUGACCACCAUGCCCAGAGACCAAGACGAGACCAGUCGACGAGACCAGUCGACUGGAAUGGGGGAGGAAUGGGGUAGACUGGAGGCUCAUUUGGGUGGUCAGAAUUUGGACAGAUUCUGGCUCAAGAUGAUUUCACUUAACUCGGUGGUGAUUGACACCGGUGUCUUCCCCAUUGACGAGUCCGACUGCUUUGCCAAGCGCCGAGCACGCACGCGAGUGGGGAGCCCCACGCCCAAGGAGGGCGGAGCACGUGCCUUCAGACGUCACACGAUUUCAACCUUUUGUGGCCAAAGGCCUUUGAUCGGGCUACGAGAGGAGAGGGAGGGCGGCCGGGCCAACUCCAGGUCUCCAGUUCGUUGGGACAACCAAUCGAAGCGCUGGCCCUUGACCUUUGGGCUGCGAUCUGGGCGAAACUUCAUGGAGAACGGGAAAAUCGAGGAUCCUGAGGCGCCGGAGGCCAAGCCUGAGGAGAUUGAAGUGUCGGAGAUUUCAGAAGAGGAGCCUUGCGUGCGCGGAAGACUUUGGAAGGAGGCUUUGCUCCUGACGCAGCGACGGGGCCCGGUGGCAUUGGCUCUUGGGCACCUAGCGGCAGUGCUGGGUGCGGUGCUAUUUCAACUGGAGCUUUUGCCAGGUUUGCAGCGAGGCGUCUUCAUGCCACUGAGCUGA